AUGGAAAUUUCUCAACUCGCGGUGCCCGCGGUCUAUGCGUUGAUAUUGUUCCUUGGGUGCCCCUCGCAGUUGCUGCUGAUGCGGCUCGAUCCUGCGCCAUUGAGCAAGAAUGAGAUCAUUGCGGCGAAUACUCUUUUAGUACUAAUACUUAUUACAUAUACGCAGAGCGUGUUUGUGGAUCCCGGGACGAUACCGAAGGAUUGGAAUGUUGGGGGUGCGGUGAAGGCGGAGGGUAAGGAGGGAAUGGGGAACGAGGCGGAAGAUAUGGUGGGGAAGAGUAGGAAGUGGUGUUUUCGGUGUGAGGCUGCGAAGCCGCCGAGGGUCCAUCAUUGUAAGGAGUGUAAGAGAUGCAUACCCAAAAUGGACCACCACUGCCCCUGGACAAACAACUGCGUCAGCCAUACCACCUUCCCCCACUUCAUCCGCUUCCUCUUCUACUCCACCGCCGGACUCGCCCUCCUCGAAUCCUUCAUCCUAACCCGCGUCGCCUAUCUCUGGUCCAACCUCGACAUGCCCUCGUCAAUGGGCCCAACCCCCUUCCAGCUCGCCCACCUCUUCACCAUCUUCAUCGUAAACAGCCUCACCCUGUUCAUCCUGGGCGUCCUCUUCCUCCGCAACAUCUGGUGCCUAGCCGUCAACACCACCACCAUCGAAGGCUGGGAGAUUGAACGCCACAGGACGCUGCUGCGCCGCGCCCGCCAGUACGGAGGCUACCUCCCCUCGCCCGACGGCACGCAGCAGAUUCGCAUCCGCAAGCAGGAGUUCCCCUACGACAUUGGCAUCUGGGCGAACAUCGUGCAGGGCAUGAAUUCUGCGAACCCAAUUUCCUGGUUCAAUCCGUUCGGGGCAACACCGAGUCUGACCAGUGGCCUAGCGUUUGAGACGAAUGGCUUCGAGGACCCGGGUACGGUGUGGCCGCCGCCAGACCCGGAUCGCGCGUAUAGGGGGAAUGCCAAGGCGGUGAAUGCGGGUGCAUUUCAGUUUGCAGAGGCGCCGGAGAUGAGUGCGGAGGAGACGGUCAGGGCUUUCAAGGCGAGGCAGGCGGAGGAUGCGUUGAGGAGGAGGGGGUAUGGGGAAAGGAUGCAGCAGAGGGUAGUCAAGGAUGAAGCAGAAUACGGCAAUAGUCGUGACGACGAUGAUGGGGGGUACACAUAUGGAGAUGAUGCUAGUGAUGAUGCUGAGGAAGAAGAGGAAGAGUCUGAGAAGAAGCGCGGCGAAAAGGGACGGGAGGGAGAGGCUGCAUGGCGAAAUGCCGAGGGUGAACGACUAAAGGACUUUGGCGUGGAUGAGGACGUGGAGUUUUACGAUGAGCAAGACGACGACAUACCGUUAAGUCAGUUGAUAGCUCGAAGGUAA